AUGGAAAUCUCAUCGCCCAAAUGGUUAUCCGAACUAGAAAUGAUGGAAUCUGCAUAUCAACACGAGAUCACCAAUUAUCCCCAUGAUUACACACUCGAUGAGCUCAAUUUUCCGACCAAUUUUCCGGCGACCGAAAAACUCAUCACUUCGGUCCAACUUGAUUCUAUUUCCUCUUCCCAGUUUAUUUCCUUUGGGGAUUCACCUGAAAUUGAGAAUUUGGAUGUGAAUCAAAAUAGGUAUGUAAUUGGAUAUGAAGAAGGCCAUGAAAUUAAGAAGCGUGCAACAAUUGGUAGAACUUCAGGAAAUGGUCAACAACAUGUUAUAGCUGAGAGAAGACGAAGAGAGAAGCUAAGCCAAAGCUUUGCUGCUCUUUCAGCUCUAAUCCCCGGCCUCAACAAGACGGACAAGGCUUCAGUGCUUGGUGGAGCUAUCAAGUACGUGAAGGAUCUUCAAGAACGUGUCAAAUGGGCUGAGGAAGAAGCAGGAGAUGAGGAGGGGAGAGUAAUUAAAUCAGUUCCUAACAUAGAAACAAGGGUUUUGGAGAGUGAUGUUCUUGUGAGAAUUCAUUGCAAGAAACAAAAAGGCUGUUUUUCAAACAUAAUAACCCAAAUUCAGAUGCUUAAGCUAACCAUUGUGAAUAGCUGCGUUUUGCCAUUUGGUCAUUCCAGACUUGAUAUAACCAUUAUUGCUCAGAUGGAGGUUGGUUUCUGCAUGACAGCCACAGAUCUUGGAAAGAAGCUAACACAGACUUUGGUCGACCUCAUAUAA